AUGGAUAAUUUCCUGUCCCGGAUGCUUUUAUUUCCCCCCCAUCCCGCGCCUUUGGUACCUCUCUCGGACUCGCAAUACGAUGCUGGUAUCACAUCGCAAAUCGAGACUUUGAAGAAAACAUCAGAGAAGACUUUGCUACAAAGUACUGCCGGUGGUGAAAGUCCUUUAGAUGUCAUCAACCCCUCGUUAAAUACUGUUCCAUAUAUCUACAUUUUAAAUGCCCAUAUCGCUGCAGCUUACAAAAAUGAGAAGGGAAUUAACAUCGACAACUUAUGGGAUAAAGCGACAAGUUUCCUACACAGUUUCGAUCCGAGGCAGAUUCGAUAUCUUGGUGAGGAACUGCAAGAUAUUAUGAGUUUUGUCGCGGAAGUUGCCUCGCAGCAACAUCAGUCCUAUGUCACGAUCAAAUCGAGCCUCACCACCAAACUAAAACCUCUUGAUGUUCUAGAGUAUUUCUAUUACAGCGGAUCAAUCUACAUUGGUUUACAUAAAUGGGAUGCUGCAUUAGAGAUGUUGGAGAAUGCUAUAACAUACCCGGUAAAUGAAGGUGGUGUGAGUCUCGUUAUGGUUGAAGCAUAUAAAAAAUGGUUACUCGUUGGAAUUCUCCAAUAUGGAAGGGUCCUCCAGCUUCCAAAAACCACUUCUGCUCCUGCCGCCAAAGCAUACCAUAUUAUUGCAAAACCAUAUGAAGCUGUCGCCAGCAUUUUUGAAACUGGAUCAGCUGCGCGACUAAAGAGCGAAGCUGAGUUCGGUCGACAAUUAUGGACUGACGAUGGUAAUUUUGGUCUAAUGUACUGUGUUCUGUGCGCCUAUCAAAAAUUUCAAAUCCGUAACCUCACUAAUGUUUAUUCGAAAAUUGGAGCUGCGGACAUUAUGAGCCUCACGACGAGUGCAGAAACUGGUGUAAAGUUGACUUCAAUUAAACAAAUUGAAGAUCUUAUUCAAAGCAUGAUUGCUGACGGCACCUUACCUGCAACUAUGAUUCGAGAUCAAUCUGGACAUGCUGUCCUCGCGUUCUCCCCAACUGGACCUGUCCUUUCAGAAACCCAGGUUCAAAUUGAUUUAGUGGCAUCGACUCGACGUAUCCAAUCUCUAGCCAAACAAAUCAAAGUCACAGACAGAGUAUUGACACAUGAUAAGCGAUAUCUCGACAGUGCUCAGAGAGCUAAGAGCAAAGCGAAGAAGGUUGGUGGUGUAACUAUGGAUCCCAUGGAUUGGAACACCGUAAUCGAGGAUGAGGAUAUAAUGACGGAGAUGUAUUGA